GUGUUUAGCGGUAGUUUGUUACGACAGCGGUAGUCUUGGGAAUUAUGGGAUUGAUCUUUCUUUUUCCGCCGCCAUCAUGGGUCGCAUGCACAAUCCUGGAAAGGGAAUUUCCCAAUCAGCAUUGCCAUACAGACGGUCGGUGCCUACAUGGCUGAAGCUGACCUCAGAAGAUGUUGGUGAACAGAUUUAUAAACUGGCGAAAAAGGGUCUCACCCCCUCACAAAUAGGUGUGAUUCUACGAGAUUCUCAUGGAGUGGCACAGGUGCGUUUUGUCACAGGGAACAAAAUUCUCCGUCUCUUGAAAGCCAAGGGUCUGGCUCCUGACAUCCCAGAGGAUUUGUAUUGUCUUAUCAAGAAAGCCGUGAACAUACGCAAACAUUUGGAGAGAAGCCGAAAGGACCGAGAUGCCAAAUUCCGUCUGAUUUUGGUGGAAAGUAGAAUCCACCGAUUGGCUCGAUACUACAAAAAAAAGAAGGUCAUUGCACCCAACUGGAAAUAUGAAUCUUCGACAGCAUCUGCCUUGGUUGCAUAAAACAAAAAUAUGUGAAUGAAAAAGGACUAAUAAAUAUUGGGUGUAAAUUC